AGGAGCCUGGACCUGAGCCAGGCCGGCAUGUGGACUGGGGGGCCGCCUACCACACCACUCCCUGCCAUCUCUCCUCCUUCAGCCUGGGCUCCCGGGGAGGCUUGCUUCCCUUGGGGCGGGGGUGCUGGUGGCUGAACACCCCCUGCAGCUUCCAAGGGCCACUGGGCUGGCAUUUUGUGACCCUCCCCCAUUGUCCAUGCCUCUCAUCCAUGUGCCCAGGAGUCUGGGGAUCUUGCCUGGCUACUCGGGAGGGCUAGGUGGGGGCCUAGCAUGGCCCUGGCCACCAGGGGGAACUGAGACUAAGGUUCCAGAAGCCUCUAGCCACAAGGGGUGGGGUCCACUGGGGCUGGGGCAGGGGGUCACUGCAGGACGGAAUGGGUGAAUGCUGUAUUUUCUAAAGAAUAAAAUAUUUUUAAAUCAACACCUGAGCUUGCCCCUGAAGGACCACCUCUGGGCACUGGGACGGGGAGGCCCCGUGCAUAUACCUGCCCUGUCUCAAUAUAAGGGAACCGUCAGCUUGGUAGGUAGAGGCCCAGUCCUCCUUUCCAUGGGCGUAGGGCGGUCUAUGUCCAUGUGUGAGCAAGGUUGCAGCCUUAUGUGGGCCUCUGUUGACAGGAACCUGGCCCAGGAGGUAGGCACCCCGGGGGGAGGCACGCCCGGGAGAUAGGCACACCUUCACUGGAAUGGGAAGGAUGUGGAUGUAUUAGUUCCUGUGGCUGCAGUAACAAAUUACCACAAAGUCCAUGCCUCAAAACAACCCAAGUUUAUUAUCAUGUGGUUCUGGAGCCAGAAGUCUGAAAUGAGUCUUAGGAGCUAAAAUGAAGGUGUUGGCAGGGUUGGUUCUUUCUGGAGGUCAGAAGGUUCCUUCUGGAGAGAAUCCAUUUCCUUGCCUUUUCUAGCUUCUAGAGGUUGCCUGCAUUCCUUGGCUUGUGGCCCCUACCUGUCUCCAAGGCCAGAGCCUAGCAUCCCUGACUUGACUUCCCUCUGCUUCCAUCGAUACAUGUCCUGCAGACAAAUCUCCCUCUUAAAGGACACUUGUGAUGACAUUUAAGGCCAACCCAGUUAAUCCAGGAUAAUCUCCCAUCUCAAGACCCUUAUUGUAUCUGCAAAGUCCCUUUUACCAUGUAAAGUAGCAUCUUCCCAGGUUCUGGGGAUGAGGCUGUGGCUAGCUCUGGAAUAUUACUCAGCCAGCCAGUCUGGGGAGGGGCUUGGUCUAGGUUUCCCGGCUCAAUGGGGCCUAGGCUGUGCUGGGUGUUUAUCUGGAAACGCUCGUGUCUGCGCACAUGUAUGCAGGCUUUCCUGCCUGUCAGUUCAUUGGCCCUCUCUUGGGUACCUGUUUGUCCCCAAGGGAAGCAGGGGAAGGGGGCCGCUGUGUCCCUGUUCUUAACCACAGACUUUGAGAAAGUCUCCCUCAGGCCUGGGGUUCGGCAGGUGCCAGAGCCUCAGUCUGUACCUCUGAUAAAUGGGUAGAAGUCUCCACAUCCCAGGGUAGGGAGGGACAGGGACGUGAAGGAUUCAGCUGUUGGAUGGGGACUCCCGUUCUGCCUGGGAGGGUGGCUUGGGUGGAAACUGGGCAGUGUUCCAUCGCUGAGGUCUUUUUCAGCCCCUGCUUAAGCCCCUAGAAUUGUAGGGAGGAAAGCUGGCACCCCAGCCAGGACCUAGAGAAGAUCUGUCUUUGCCCAUUUCAAACAUUGGUCCCCAGCUAUUACACCGAGGCUGCUGAGCCAACUGGGGCCUGUGAGCCCGCUAGAUGCCUGGCCCCUUGGAGCCUGCCUACCGUGGCACCCACCCAGAGGUAGGCGUGGCAGUUGUCCAGCCCUGCCUCCUCCAAGCAGAGACCCCAUUUGCUUGUUUGUUCAUUCAUGCAUUAAUUCCAUCACUCAGAUACCCUCUCUGUGCCUGCCCAGAGUUGAGUGCUGGGGACCUAUUCACUCUGCAAAUCUUAAGCACUUACCAUGCACCAGGCAUGGUGCUGGGCCCUGGGGGUGCACAAAAAAGGCCCCCACCCUCUAGAAGCCAACAUUCCAGCAGGGGAAUAAGACAAGAUGCAAUGAGCCAUGAAAAAUCAGUGAUGUAUGUUAGAAGGUGAAAUUGCUCAGAAGGAGAAAGAGCAGGUAAAAGGGGUUCGGGAGUGCUGGGUCCAGGAGGGUUUAUGAGGGUCAGGGAGCCUCACUGAGGUGGAGAAGUGUGAGCAGAACUCAGAGGAGGUGAAGGAGGGCCCAUAUGAGUAUCUGGAAGAAGAGCUUCCAGGCAGAGACAGCCACGUGUUCAAAGGCCCUGAGAUGGGUGUGUUCAAGCAACUGAGGAGGCCAUGGUGGUUGCAGAUAGGUCAGGGAGGCAGGGUGGGCUGGAGCAGACCCUGUAGAGCCUUGGUGGCCAUUAUGGGGUGUGGACUGCGGCUGUGACUCUGGAGAGGGUCACGAGGGUCUGAGCAGAGGAAGGGUGUGACCUGACUUAGGUUUUAAUGGGUCCCUCCAGGGCCCAAAAGAGAACAAGUUGUGGGGCGUGAGAGCAGCAGCUGAGCAACCAGUGAGAAGGCUGUGCUGGUCCAGGUGAGAGGUGACGGCGGCUCAAGCCAGGCUGUGGACAUGGAAGUGGUGCACAGUAGGCAGAUUUGGGCAGAUUCUGAAGGUGGCACCAGCACGACUUGUUGAGGGUUCCCAGGUUGCCCUGGGGCUUUGGGCCUGAGCCAUCAGAGUUACAGUCACCUGGCAGAGGGGAUCAGCCAGAGGGUCCCAGUAGACCAGCGGUGGACCUGCCCCCAAUGGAGCCCUGCCCUGGGGAUGGGGUUGUGCUCUGAGGGGGACCUGGGGAUGUCGGACAUAGAGAAGAGGGUUCUGUUCUCAGAGGAGGUGCCGUGUGGCCAGGCUGCAGUGAAGGCAGGUGCAGCCUGAUGGGGGGCUUGGAACCUGCUGACGCUGCCUGCCCUGGUGUGCCCCACAAGCUCCACAGGGACAGGAGCAGGAAGGUGCCAGUACCCCUGUUGUGAAAGGACCAGCUGUGGGGCAGAGGUUGAAGGGGUUGAGGGGGCUGAGGCUGAGGGUGAAAAAUUCCUAUUACAACUGGGGAGGGGCUCCGACUUGGGUGUCAGAGUGCCCAGCCCAGAAAAAUGGAACAAUUUCAGGUUUCACUGACUUUGGACUAGGUGGCGUAGUGGUUAGGUGCUAUGGCUGUUAACCAAGAGGUCAGCAGUUUGAACCCACCAGGUGCUCCUUGGAAACUCUAUGGGGCCGUUCUACUCUGUCCUAUAGGGUUACUAUGAGUUGGAAUCAACUUGACGGCAACGGGUUUUGUUUUUUGGCUCUGGGCCUCUUUCCCCUAGAUCCCCCAGAAGACAGGUGUUAAGGCCCCGAUGGGUUGCUGCGGGUUCUUAGGAGGGGCAUGGGCGACGGCUGUUUGUGGGGCGAGUGGAAAGAGGAAGGGAUAAAAUGGUGUCUGCCAUCUGGGUAUGCAAAUGGCGUCUGACUCAUCUCACCCCCGCCCCCUACCCUUGCCACAGGAGGGGUGGGCCCAUGGGGAGCCUGUUCCUCCUCUGGCAAAGCGCUUCUUGGGGGACUCCCUCCACCUGUUCCAUCCCCACUUUGCUGGAAAGCAGAACACUGAUUUUCCUGGCUCUCUGGCUGGGGUUCCAGGAUUGAGGUAGAGGUAGGAGGAAGGGGCUGGGGUGAAAUCUCACUUCUUUUUUUUUCCUCUGUGUCUCUGCUGCUGGCAGAAGGGACCCUGAGAUCAAAGCGCAGUCUGCCAGCCAGCCCUCUGGAGAAGUCCCAGCUGCCCACCAUGGGCCCCUGCUGCCAUGCCCUGCACCCGCUGUCUCUCCUGGCGCAGGCCUCAGCGCUGAUCAUGGUGCUGGCCCUGGGUACCCUGCCUGCCUUUCUGCCGUGUGAGCUGCAGCCCCAUGGCGUGGUGAACUGCAAGUGGCUGUUCCUGAAGUCAGUGCCCCACUUCCCUGCAUCAGCGCCCCGUGGCAACGUCACCAGCCUGUUACUGCGCUCCAACCGCAUCCACCACCUCCAUGCCUCUGACUUUGCCCACUUUCCCAGCCUGCGGCAUCUCGACCUCAAGUGGAACUGCCCGCCAGCCCCCCUCAGCCCCAUGAACUAUCCCUGCCACAUGACUAUCGAGUGGGGCACCUUCCUGGCCAUACCCACCCUGGAAGAGCUGAACCUGGGCUACAACAGCAUCACCACUGUGCCCGCCCUGCCCAGCUCCCUCGUGUCACUGUCCCUGAGCCACACCAACAUCCUGGAGCUCGAUUCCACCACCUUCACUGGCCUACACGCCCUGCGCUUCCUGUACAUGGAUGGCAACUGCUACUACAAGAAUCCGUGCACGUGGGCCCUGAGGGUGGCCCCGGGCGCCCUCCUCGGCCUGAGCAACCUCACCCACCUGUCACUCAAGUACAACAACCUCACAGCCGUGCCCCGCAGCCUGCCCCCCAGUCUGGAGUCCCUGCUAUUGUCUUACAACCACAUUGUCAGCCUGGCACCUGGGGACCUGGCCAACCUGACUGCCCUACGUGUGCUGGACCUAGGCGGGAACUGCCGCCGCUGUGACCACGCUCGUAACCCCUGCAGGGAGUGCCCACGUGGCUUCCCACGGCUGCACCCCGAUACCUUUAGCCACUUGAGCCACCUCAAAGGCCUGGUGCUGAAGGACAGUUCUCUCUACAGCCUGAACCGUGAUUGGUUCCGUGGGCUGAGCAACCUCACCGUGCUAGACCUGAGCGAGAACUUCCUCUACAACUGCAUCACCAAAACCGUGGCCUUCGAGAGCCUGACACAGCUGCGCAAGCUCAACCUGUCCUUCAACUACCACAAGAAGGUGUCCUUUGCCCACCUGCGCCUGGCACCCUCCUUCAGGUACCUGACCUCCCUGGAGGAGCUGGACAUGCAUGGUAUCUUCUUCCGCUCGCUCAGCAAGUCCACGCUGCAGUCGCUGACCCGCCUGCCCACACUCAAGAGUCUGCAUCUGCAGAUGAACUUCAUCAACCAGGCCCAGCUGGACAUCUUCGGGGGCUUCCUUAGCCUGAAGUAUGUGGACCUGUCAGACAACCGCAUCAGCGGAGCUGCGAAGCUGGCGGCCAGCACCAGGGAGGUAGGUGGUGGGCAGAAGGUCCAGCUGCGGUCUGGGGACCUCGAUCCAGCCCCACUGGACACCCCUGGCUCUGAGGACUUCAUGCCAAGCUGCCAGAGCCUCAACUUUACCUUGGACCUGUCCCGGAACAACCUGGUGACGAUCCAGCCUGAGAUGUUUGCCCAGCUUUCACGCCUCCAGUGCCUGCGUCUGAGCCACAACAGCAUAGCACAGGCAGUCAAUGGCUCGCAGUUCAUGCCACUGAUCAGCCUGCGGGUACUGGACCUGUCCUAUAACAAGCUGGACCUGUACCAUGGGCGCUCAUUCACGGAACUGCCGCAACUGGAGGCCCUGGACCUCAGCUACAACAGCCAGCCCUUCAGCAUGCAGGGCAUAGGCCACAACCUCAGCUUUCUGGCCAACCUGCAUGCCCUGCGCUACCUCAGCCUGGCGCACAACAACAUCGAUGGCCGGGUGUCCCAGAAGCUCUGCAGCAGCUCGCUGCAGGCCCUGGACUUCAGCGGCAACGUCCUGGGGCGCAUGUGGGCUGAAGGAGACCUCUAUUCCCACUUCUUCCAAGGCCUGCAAGGUCUGGUGAGGCUGGACCUGUCCCAGAAUCACCUGCAUACGCUCCUGCCCCCUACCCUAGACAACCUCCCCAAGAGCUUGCAGCUGCUGCGACUCCGUGGCAAUCACUUGGCCUUCUUCAACUGGAGCAACCUGGCCCUCCUGCCCAAACUAGAAGUGCUGGACCUGGCAGGAAACCAGCUGAAGACCCUGACCAACGGCAGCCUGCCUUCUGACACGAGGCUCCGGCGGCUGGACCUCAGCAGCAACAGCAUCAACAUGGUGGCGUCCAGCUUCUUUGCCCAGGCCAAGAGGCUACAGGAGCUCAACCUCAGUUCCAACGCCCUCAAGACGGUGGACUCCUCUUGGUUUGGGUCCAGGGCAGGUGCCCUGAAGGUGCUGGAUGUGAGCGCCAACCCCCUGCACUGCUCCUGCGGGGCGGUCUUUGUGGACUUCCUGCUGGAGGUGCAGGCUGCUGUGCCCAGUCUGCCCAGCCGUGUGAGGUGUGGCAGCCCGAGCCAGCUGCAGGGCCUCAGCAUCUUUGCUCAGGACCUGCGCCUCUGCCUGGAUGAGGCCCUCUCCUGGGACUGCUUUGGCCUCUCAAUGAUGGUGGUGACCCUGGGCCUGGCUGUGCCCCUGUUGCACCACCUCUGCGGCUGGGACCUCUGGUACUGUUUCCACCUGUGCCUGGCCUGGCUUCCACGGCGGGGGCGGCGGCAGGCUGCAGAUGCGCUGCCCUAUGACGCCUUCGUGGUCUUUGACAAGGCACAGGGUGCAGUGGCCGACUGGGUGUACAACGAACUUCGGGUGCAGCUGGAGGAGCGUCGCGGGCGCAGAGCGCUGCGCCUUUGUCUAGAGGAGCGAGACUGGCUGCCGGGCAAGACACUCUUUGAGAACCUGUGGGCCUCGGUCUACAGCAGCCGCAAGACGCUGUUUGUGCUAGCCCGCACUGACCGUGUCAGUGGCCUCUUGCGGGCCAGCUUCCUGCUGGCCCAACAGCGCCUGCUGGAGGACCGCAAGGACGUGGUGGUGCUGGUGAUCCUGUGCCCCAAUGCCCACCGGUCCCACUAUGUGCGGCUGCGCCAGCGCCUCUGCAGCCAGAGCGUCCUCCUCUGGCCCCACCAGCCCAGUGGCCAGGGCAGGUUUUGGGCCCAGCUGGGCACGGCCCUGACCAGGGACAACCGCCACUUCUAUAAUAGGAACUUCUGCCAGGGACCUACAGCUGAAUAGCCCUGAGUAUUUGGGCUGGUGACCCCCGGCACACCCCCGCCUCCACGCCCCGCCUUCCUCUCUGCCCGGGUUGCCCUCACCUGCCUCACUACAGCUCCACUGUCCUGCCUCUCCCAGCCCAGCACACCUGGCAUAUUGCAGGCACUCAAUAAAUGCUACUGGAAUGCCAGACAGCUAAUUCUCAGCUCACUGGAGGGGCAGGGGGAGGAAAAGAGGGGAGAAUUGAGGUGGUUUGGGCGGGGCUGCGGGGAGCGGGCUGCCAAGGGCAGGUUUGUUCACAGGGAUCUUUUCAGGAGAGUCUCAUGAUGAUCCCUGGAAUGUGGUCUUGCUCUUUCCCAGAAAGCAGGGGUGGGUCUCCUGCACCUUCCAGCUUCUCCCCGCAUACCUUGGCCCAAGCCUCUGCUGUGUAUUGGUCUCAGGUAUCUGCCUCUCUCACUCACUGGACUGAGAAGACCUUGAAUGCAGAGAACCUGGAGGCCUGGUUCACUUCUGCGCCCCAGCAAGGCCUUGAGAGGCAGCAACCCUGGGAAACAUUCAUUCCCAGGUUGGUGAUUAGGUCAUCAGUGGUGAUCGCGACCUCUGGUAGUCAUGACUAUGCUGGGCCAAGGAGGCUGCCCCAGGUCAGAGGGAGGAGGGUUAUGGGUGAUCCCCAGCAGCAGGGUACUGAGAGCCACAGAAGGUUCUAGGGUGAGCUUCCAAUCUGCUCCUUUCUGUUUCCACCUGGAGGGGGCUGGUUGUCUCUAUUAUCAAAAGGAUGCCUUCGUACCACCUGGCUACAAAGGCGGAGACCCGCCUUCCCUAUCCCUAUCUCUCAGAGCUGACUAUACUUAGGUGGAAGAUGCAGUGAAUCCGACUAGGAUGGAGUGUGUGUCUGUUUCUAUUUUUGGUACCCAGUAUAGAUUUUGAGCCUGAGGACCGAUGUUUGGAGACAGCCUGUCCAGGGUCUACAGUGAACAAGGUAUGCGGAGUUGUGGGUGGGGUCAGGCUCAGAGCCCUCUAGAGGCCUUGUCCUGGGUCCACACCAUCACUACCUGCCUGUACCUGCCCUCUGAGGACAGGGGAGACACAUGCAGCCUGACGGUUGGGGCUGGGACCUGGGUGUCAGGAAAGCUGAGCCCAGUUUGGCUGUCCCAAGCCAGUUCAGGGCCAGCUUGGCUGCUUGGGGCCUGUGGGGGAGCUGGCUACAGGCAUGGCUGAUUUUGCAGCCUGAGUGUGGGCAGGCCUGGAGGUGGCAGUUGUGGCCGGCCUCCAGGCACACUGGGAGGGAAGUAGAGGCCGCUAGAGGCCGCCAUUCUCUUUCUGACUUGGGUAAGCUGGAAGGAAGGUGUCUGGCCCUCUGAUUGACUGAUCCAUGGAUCAGAAGCCCAGUGUGAGCUGUGGCCUGCCCUGAGAGGGCAGAUCCAGCUCCUAAGGGAGCAGAUUGGAAGCGUGGCAUGGCCUCACGUACUUCCCUCGCCUGUGCCGGGGGAGAAAAUCACAGGGCCUGAAGAAACACAGCAGCCACCCUUUCCCCAGGCUGGAGUCUCUGCAGAGGCUCUGCUGGCAGGCUCUGACUCUUCUGGCCGGAUCCAGGAACAGGAGCAGGAAGCAGGGCCCGUCCAAAGCACCCUGCUUUGCACGUAGGAAGCACAAUUUGCCUGUGUCUUAGAACAGCGAGUCUGGCCUCUGGUAAAACCUGCUCAGCCACCCACUGAUCCACUUAUGCUCACAGUCCUGGGUCUUUGGGGGCUGGGAUUCAGACCUGGGCAUUUGGAAAUGGAGCUGGGGCGCUGUGGUAGGAGGACUGCUGGGCUCAGCUUGGAUGAGGCUGGGGGUCCAGGGUACUUGGUCCACAAGCAGGGCAACGUUCUGUUGCUGUCUACACGAGCGGAAGGGGCAGGGCUCCCCUAUUCCAGGGCCUGCAGGAGGUGGCAGGAGCUGGGCGCAGGUGGGACAGAGUGGGAGUGGCUUCCACUGCACUGGGAUCGGGAAGGGUGCUCAUGGGGGGCUCCAGCCUUCUCCACCACCCAGCCAGCCAUCCUUGACCAUUAAACACUGUUCAUUGGCUCUGCAAGGCCGGGAAAGAGAUAGGACUCACAUCAAAUUACCUGGGGCUGCUCCCAGUUCUGCCAUUUAGGUUAUCUUGGGUAGGUGGCCUUCCCUUUGGGAGCCUCAGUUUGCUCAUCUGUAAAUGGGGAUGGCUAGAGCUACUCUAGGAAACCCUGGUGGCGUAGCGGUCAAGAGCUAUGGCUGCUAACAAAAAGGUCUGCAGUCCAAAUCCACCAGGAGCUCCUUGGAAACCAUGUGGGGCAGUUCUACUCUGUCCUGUAGAGUUGCUAUGAAUCAGAAUCGACUCGACUGCAAUGGGUUUGUUUUCUUUUUUCAGAGCUACUCUGCUAGCUGUUAAGAAGAUUGCUGGUAAAGGCUGGCAGUCCUAGCAGGGUCUCGGCUGUCACUCUUAGGUAAGGGGACUUGUGCUUAGGACCCCCAGCUGAUGGGCUUUGAUGUUUUAUCUCUCCCACCAGAUCUUCUCAGGUCAGGGAGCCUUACCCAGAGCCCGACAUGGUUGAAUUAGAGGCUUUUAAAGCUGGAGAGAGCAGCUCCCUUUGGGAGCACCCCUGGAAUCCCAGGGAUGACAGUCUGCAGACCCUGCGUUGCCCUCCUGUGUUCUCUGUUCCUCGGGGGCAGUGGGCACCAGACAGGCAGAAGCUGGGACACAAAGGUCAGGAAACCUAACAGGAAGAGUUUCUUAAACGCAAAGAAAUUCUAUCCACUGAGAUUUUAAAUAUCACUCACCGUUUUCCCUCUAGGACACUAUAUUUAAAACCCCAGGCCUCUAAACAUCCUUGAAAACUUCCAUGAGAUCUUCGAGUUGUUUAUUCGAGUCAAGCUUCUCAUUCGUAAGCAGUCCACAAGUCUGAUCUCUUUCCUGGCACUCCUUCUAUCCUUUGUUCUCAUAGCCCCAGCAGCCCCAGCAGCAGCGAGGGAAACUGCACUUAAAGACCUGUGGACCCAGCUGUCACUUGAGUCCUCUGAAGAGGAAAAGUGGUCUUCCUAAGUGUUCAGAACGUUGUCCAUGCUCAGAGAAAAAGUCACAUUUGAAGGAAAGGAGGCGGACAGAGUUCCAGACUGGGAAUGUGAGGGACGAUGGAAAGCCCCAAAGGUGCAUAACAGAGCUGGAAAAGCUGAGUGGGGCUUGUUUCCUGAGCAGAAAGGGACCAUGGUGGUUCAGCGGUGACGUAACUUCCCUUGUGCCUGGCAGCCUGCCCGGAUAUGUGGUUUUAUCUGGUGGGACCAUGACUCAGCUGAGCUCUGCCUAGGCUGGUCCUGAUAAGGGGUGUGGGUGCCCAGGAAACCCGGCCCACCCCAGCAUCCCGGGAAGGUGUGCCUGUGUCUCUCCCAGGGAAGGAGGAGGCACUGCUGCCUUCUAGAGCUCUAAGGAGAGGCAAACGUCGAGCCUCCUGUCGUCCGCUGCAUUUCUCCAGUUCACCCAUUCUUCCUAGUGAAGCAGACGUGGCUGCUGUUGUUGGUCCCCACAUUUAGCCAGCCCUCAUUUGUCGAACACCUGCUGUGUCAGGCACUGUACUGGGCAUUGAGGAUGCAGAAGAGAGGAGAAAGGGAAGUAUCGGCCCUUGUGAAGACUACAUUAAGACAAACAGUAAGGGCAGCAUGGAAGGAGGUCAAGUGAUGCUGAGAGUGUGGGAGGGGCUGUCUUAGCUGGAGCACUCAGGGGUCUCCUUGGGGACCUUUGUCCUGAAUGAAGAGGGGCAGUUACACCAUGAACCAGGGUCAAAAAAUCCAAGCAGGUAAACAAUGGCCAACACCAAGGCCUGGAGCCUGAAAGAGUACGGAAUUUUUGAGGCCCAGAAGUGAGGCCCAGUGUAUGCAGCAGUGGGACGCAACAAGGGUGGGACAGGAGAUAAGGCGGAGAGGGCUUUGUCAGUCUGUGUGCGGAAUCUGGAACCCAAUCUGAGUGCAACGGAAGGACCCACGUUUGUGGCUGGAGAGAGACAUAACCUGAUGUUUUUUAAAAGGUUCCCCAGGCUGCUGGGUGGGGAGGCGGGGGCAGAUACCACACACAACAGUGGGAUGGCCAGGGUGGUAGCAGUGGAGUGACGAGAAGUAGCCUGACCAGAGCUGAACUUAAAGCUCUAAUAGCCUAGAUGACAGACAGAGCUGACUUCCAAAUGAGAGGCCUGAAUAACUGGGGAAAGAGCAGACAGGGGAGGGCAGGCAGCCUCAGGGCUGAAAGGCUAAGUGGAGGACUAAGUAGAGCAAGGAGAGAGCGGAGAUGGGGCAGUGGCUGGAAGGGGGCUUAGACCGAGGGCGGGCUUUUUUUUUGAAUGAGUAACAAAGCUUGCUGAAAGCCGAUGGGAAGGAGCCAACAGAGGGGGCAAAACUGAAGGCAGAGAAGAAGAGAUGGUUGCAGGAACGUGGAAGAAGGGCUGAGACCCAGAAGAGAAGAGGGAGUAGGUGAGCAGCGCAAACACCUCCAUUUUCACUGGAGGGGAUGAGAUUACAGGCACAAGAGGCAGAUGGGCUGAGGGCUCCGUGGUGACAGAAGCAGUGGUUCCGACUUUCAUACAGAAAUACGAAGUCAAAGCAGUAGCUGAGAUGGGAAGUGGGGAGGGAACCAGCUGCAAUAGGAUUGUGGGCAGUGAAAGCUGUCCAUCUGAGAGCUGGGGUGAGAAACGCAAAGACAAAACUGGCUGCCAUGGUGGUGUCACUUCUUUCAGAGUCGUCCAGCUGCCUGGGUGCAGCUGGGUCAGCCACUGGGUGCAGCAGGCAAGAAGAGGUAGUUGGGGCAAGCAGAACGGGAGGCUGUACCACCCCAGAAGGUCUGAAGCCAUUACCAGAACACCAGUAUAUUUUGAGAUGUUUUACAUAUGCACACAACACAGAGCAAAU